UCCUUGUUCCUUCCCCUUCAGAUCUACAGUUUGAAGAUGGGUGGAACCAACAUGUGGUGAAGUGCAAGAGCUGACAGGCCCCGUUCACUGCAGAAACAGAUGUUGUUAAGAUCAGAGCUCAAACUAGUUUCGGAUCUAAGAAAGUGAAACUCAGACAGUCGUUGCCACUGAGAGGUGAAAUGGCGCAGAAAGGAGUUCAGCUGGACCUGGAAACCUUUUCCUGUUUGAUCUGUCUGGAUCUACUGAAGGAUCCGGUGGCUGUUCCCUGUGGACACAGCUACUGCAUGAACUGUAUUAAAAGCUUCUGGGAUGAAGAGGAUGAGAAGAAAAUCCACAGCUGCCCUCAGUGUAGGCAGACCUUCACACCGAGGCCUGUCCUGGUGAAAAACACCAUGUUAGCAGCUUUGGUGGAGGAGCUGAAGAAAACGGGACUCCAAGCUGCUCCUGCUGAUCCCGGCUAUGCUGGACCUGAAGAUGUGGCCUGUGAUGUCUGCACUGUGAGAAAACUGAAAGCUCUGAAAUCCUGUUUGGUGUGUCUGGCAUCUUACUGUGAGACACACCUACAGCCCCAUUUUAAAUCACCUACAUUUGAAAAACACAAGCUGGUGGACCCCUCCAAGAAGCUCCAGGAGAACAUCUGCUCUCGUCAUGAUGAAUUGAUGAAGAUGUUCUGCCGCACUGAUCAGCAGUGUAUCUGUUAUCUCUGCUCUGUGGAUGAACAUAAAGGCCACGACGCAGUCUCAGCUGCUGCAGAAAGGACUGAGAGGCAGAGAGAGCUGGAGCUGAGUCGACAACAAAUCCAGCAGAGAAUCCAGGACAGAGAGAGAGAUGUGAAGGUGCUUCAACAGGAGGCGGAGGCCAUCAAUCGCUCUGCUGAUAAAGCAGUGGAGGACAGUGAGAAGAUCUUCACUGAGCUGAUCCGUCUCAUCGAGAAAAGAAGCUCUGGUGUGAAGCAGCAGAUCAGAUCCCAGCAGAAAACUGAAGUGAGUCGAGUCAAAGAGUUUCAGGAGAAGCUGGAGCAGGAGAUCAAUGAGCUGAAGAGGAAAGAAGCUGAGCUGAAGCAGCUCUCACACACAGAAGAUCACAACCAGUUUCUACGCAACUACCCCUCAUUGUCAGGACUCAGUCAAUCUACAGACUCAUCCAGCAUCAAUAUCCGUCCUCUGAGGUACUUUGAAGAUGUGACAGCAGCUGUGUCAGAGGUCAGAGAUAAACUACAGGACAUUCUGACUGAGAAAUGGAUGAAGAUCUCAUUGACAGAGGCUGAGAUGGAUGUUCCUCCAUCACAUCCACAACCGGAGCCCAAGACCAGAGCUGGAUUCUUAAAAUAUUCACAGGAAAUCACACUGGAUCCAAACACAGCACACACACGUCUGUUAUUAUCUGAGGGAAACAGAAAAGCAACAUUAAUGAGUCAGCGACAGUCUUAUCCUAGUCACCCAGAAAGAUUCACUAAAUGUUUUCAGGUCCUGAGUAGAGAGAGUCUGAUUGGACGUUGUUACUGGGAGGUGGAGUGGAGAAGAAGAGUUUAUGUAGCAGUCGCAUACAAGAAUAUCAGUGGAGCAGAAAGAUUGGAUGAAUGUGUAUUCGGACUAAAUAACAAAUCUUGGGCAUUAAAUUGUGACCAAAUGGGUUAUACGUUCUGGUAUAACAGCAUCAAGACUCCAGUCUCAGGUCCUCAGUCCUCCAGAGUAGGAGUGUACCUGGAUCACAGUGCAGGUAUUCUGUCCUUCUACAGUGUCUCUGAAACCAUGACUCUACUCCACAGAGUCCAGACCACAUUCACUCAGCCUCUCUAUGCUGGACUAUGGUUUAGUGGAUAUAAAGGAAACAAUGCUGAGUUCUGUGAACUCAAAUAGAAAGAAGUCAUUUAAGGGACAGUUGGUCAAAAUCUGUGUUUUAGUUCAUCCGUUUAUUUGGUCUCCAUGUUUGUUGCUAAAAGCUCAUUGCUGUUGUGCCUCUGCGCUGCAUGGAGAUCACCUGUCAAUCAAACAUUAUGGGUGGUACUUUGGCAUCUUCUCCUUUAUCGUCCUGUUGAUGUUUGACUUUCUUUAGGUGGAGCUGGAGCCUCGGAGGAGAUCACUGCUCAUGAUGAUUUUUGUUUACGUAAACUUAUGUUUCUCCACGUGAAAAUGUAAACUUCUCUCUUCUCUAAAUGUUUGUUGAAUAUUUGUACUGAUGUAUUUGUAUGUUGUUGUUUCUCUUCCGCUGCAUGAGCCUGAACAGACAAAUCACCAGACCUUCCUUUAUCUGAGAUAUUUAGUUCUCACUGUGAAAAGAAAGAAAGCUAUAAUUACGUUUACAUUAAUGCGUUUGUCAGAUCAAAUGUUGUCUUUGCACAAAUCGGCUUACAAAGAAGAUGCUCUGAUGUAUUAUAAAACUGUAUUCAUUGUGGUUAUAGUCAAUA